AGAAGCUUGGGCCUGUCUCGCCCUCCCUCUCUUUCACACUGCUCUGUCAUGAUGCAGGCACGGACAUUGGUUGUUUUCCUGAUUGUUGUUUUUGUGGCUGUCACUCUUUCUGCGCCAAUAAAUGAUGGCAUAGACUAUAAUGAGAAAACAGAGGCACUGCUAGACUUACUGACUGAUGCUAACAGUGAAGUUUACCCGACUAAUAGCUCUGUAAAUGAAGACUCAGCAGGAACUACAGAUGGAAAGGACUCUGCAGAGAAAGCAGAAGGCACAGCAAGUGACACAUCAGAUCCAACAGAAAAGCCAGGUGACACAAAUCAGGAUGAACCCACCAGUGGUCCAGAUUCAAAAGAUUCCUCUGAAUCUGCAGUACAAAAGGACUCAGACAUGCAAGACCCAGCUGAAGAGAAUAAUAAAGAUCCUUCAGAUGAUACAGAGGGAACAGUAGAGACACAAACAGAUUCUGCUGAUACUGACACAACACUCAUAUCAUCAAAUGAAAUGGACUCUCCAGAAUCUGAAAAACACAAGUCAGAUGCCAGCACUGAUGCAAAUAAGGACAGUAAGGAACAAGACGUGGACAAAACCUCAGAAAUGGAGGACAAGGACAAAACUGCCCACAAAGCUGUAGACACUGAUGGAAAUGGUGAUCAGACUAAAGACAAUGAGGUGAAAGAUUCAUCAGAAAGAAAGGACAAGACCAGCAAGCAUGAAGAUGCUGAGAAAGACACUGACCAUGACACAGCAAAUUCUUCAGACAUUACAGAGAUGAGUGACAGCACUGAGAAGACUGACAAGGACAACAACAGAGAUGGUGAUGAGAAUAAUAAAGAUAGAGACAAUGGCACGGACAGUGAUGAAGAUGAGGAUAAAAACAAUGACAGGGACAGUAAAGAAGAUGAGGAUAAAGACAAUGGCAGGGACAGUGAUGGAGAUGAGGAUAAAGACAAUGACAGGGACAGUAAAGAAGAUGAGGAUAAAGACAAUGACAGGGACAGUAAAGAAGAUGAGGAUAAAGACAAUGACAGGGAGAGUAAAGAAGAUGAGGAUAAAUACAAUGACAGGGACAGUAAAGAAGAUGAGGAUAAAGACAAUGACAGGGACAGUGAUAAAGAUGAGGCCAAAGAUGAUGACAGGGACAGUGAUAAAGAUGAGGACAAAGACAAUGACCAGGACAGUGAUAAAGAUGAGGACAAUGACAGGGACAGUGAUAAAGAUGAGGACAAUGACAGGGACAGUGAUAAAGAUGAGGACAAAGACAAUGACAAGGACAGUGAUAAAGAUGAGGAUAAAGACAAUGACAGGGACAGUGAUAGAGAUGAGGAUAAAGACAAUGACAGGGAUAGUGAUAAAGAUGAGGAUAAUGACAGGGACAGUGACAGAGAUGAGGAUAAAGACAAUGACAGGGACAGUGAUAGAGAUGAGGAUAAAGACAAUGACAGGGACAGUGAUAGAGAUGAGGAUAAAGACAAUGACAGGGACAGUGACAGAGAUGAGGAUAAAGACAAUGACAGGAAUAGUGAUAAAGAUGAGGAUAAAGACAAUGACAGGGACAGUGAUAGGGAUGAGGAUAAAGACAAUGACAGGGACAGUGAUAGAAAUGAGGAUAAAGACAGUGAUAGAGACAGUAAGAAAGAUGAUAGGGACAGCGAUGGAGACAGCAGUAAAGACAGAGACACAGAAAAUAAUGUGGACAGCCAAGCCAUAAAAGAUGAGCAGGAUAUUGCAGACAGUGACAAGGACACCACAGAUGACACAAGCAUUGACAAAAGCAGUGAGAAAGAAAUGACUGGUGAGGAGGAAAAGGACACUGACCAAGAGACAGAUAGCAAGUCUGAAGAAUCUGUGAGCGAUUCUCAGGCACACACAUUCAUGUCGGACUCUUCAAGUAAAGAAGAUAGCCAGGACAGAGAGAUGAGCAGCACUGAGUCCACUGAUAAAGACAGCUCAGACAGUACAGACCAUGCUGACAAGGACAGCACUGAGACAGAUGGAGAAGGUGCAACAUCACUUGAAACAGCAGAAGACUCUCAGGGUGACUCCAGUGAUGAGAAUGACAACAAUGACUCAAGGGAUGCAGCAGAGUCAAAAUCACAGGAGGACAACACUGAUGAAGACACAGAUGUAGACACAACUGAUGAAGAUAAAGAUACAGAUAUGGAUGAAGAUGAUACAGUGCAUUAUGAUGCUGAGGCAAUCCCAUUUGAUGUACCGGACCAGCCAGAUCAUCUGGAUGACACACCACAAGGGUCUCUUGUUGGUAGCAAUAAUGCUUCUCUAAGCUCCUAGCACCCAGAAUAUCACUGGAUGAAACAGUUUAACAGGGUCAUUAUGGUGAAAUACUAAAAGACAAGCAACUGAAGUCACUGUGCUAACCAGCCAUUUUGAUUCCCUAUUAACAUGACAUUUUAUAACCUUCUAUUCCAUCUCAUGAAGGGUUCUUGGAUGGAAAAUAAAUUAUU